AUAGUCGUCAUCAUCAUUGACAAUUUUGGAUUCAAGUCAGGAGCUGGUCCUGCGCUACAGUCGGUGCGGCUGAUCAGCAGGACAAAAAGUUUGCGAGGAUUGGUGUCUCUACUUUUGGACAUCGCACCCAUGAUUACCCGUGUGGUAGUCAUGUACUUGGUCGUGAUCCAUGUCUUUGCUGUCACUGGAGUUCAGCUGUGGAUGGGGGAGAUGAACAACCGAUGCUUCCUGGGAGAGGACAUCCUCACAAAGUACAACUUGUCUCUGAAUCCGUACUAUGUCUCAGCCCCCGGGGAAAUUGAUCAAUAUCUCUGUUCAGCUGAAGAUAUGAAUGGAAAUAGGCGGUGCGCUGACAUUCCACCCUAUAAAGAAGGUGGAAAGGUUUGUACACUGGAAGCUCCACCUGAAAAUUGGCUGGGUAACUGGUCAGCCAGUGGUGGAGACUGUGUUAAUUGGAACGUCUACUACAACGUAUGUCGACCUGAUGGCCCAAACCCCUAUGUUGAGUCCCUCAACUUCAACAACAUCAGGCAUGCCUGGAUUACCAUUUUCCAGGUCAUGACUUUUGAAGGGUGGACAGAAGUCAUGCACUAUGUAAUGGACACACAUUCUUUCUGGAGUUUCGUGUAUUUCGUCCUCGUCACCCUUAUUGGUACAUUCAUUUUCCUCAACACCUGCGCUGUGGUCAUCGCCACUUUCUUCGCGGAGGCCAUGGCAAAAAGCUCUGAAGACUCCUGCUCUUUCACAUCGCCCUUCCUGUCGUGGUGCUGCAGGUUGAUUAAGGAGCUCCUCGAAAGCUUACCCAACUCCGGCUGCAGCAAAGGGAAAAAGGCUACAAUGAGGGUGAGAAAGAUGGUGGAUGGCAAUUUAUUUUCUGGAGGGAUUAUGUUUGCAAUCUUUCUGGAUACUAUCACCAUGGCCAUUGACCACCAUGGGCAGCCUUUGGAGAUGACAGAGGUGUUUAAGGUGUGCAAUUACCUUUUCACUGCUGUGUUCUUGAUGGAGAUUGUCGUAAAACUACUUGCUUAUGGAUAUUUGUACUUCAUGGAAGGAAGUAACUUAUUUGACUUUAGCAUCGUCAUGAUCAGUCUGUGCGACGUAGCUGGAGUAUUCGACACCGGGCUACCAGCUAUGCGAGCACUUCGGAUGAUGCGCUUUGGUCGCCUCGUGAACAACUUCCCCUACUUGAAGAGGCAGCUGAUGCUGCUGUGUAGGACCCUAGGGAAGGUGUUCACCCUCUGCCUGUUGAUGGUGCUUUUUGUUUUCGCCUUUGGUGUGAUGGGGAUGUACCUGUUUGGCUGUAGAUAUGAUGCCAGGCAUAACUUUGAUUCGCUUACCUGGUCCAUGGUGACAAUCUUCCAGCUUCUGACUCAAGAAGACUGGAAUCUGGUGCUGUACAAUGCCAUUUCUUCCACCUCCGGAUGGGCUGCUGUCUACUUUGUCGUCACCAGCAUGAUUGGGAAUAACAUUCUUCUCAAUGUCCUUAUGAGCAUUGUGGUUGAUAGCUUCCAGUCUGCGCCGCCCAUUGAAACAUCCACUGAGAGCGACAUCCAGGGACCGACAGAAUCCACCCACAUCGGCAGAGAUGUCUCUGCAUCCAGAAAAAGAAACCCUUUCCAAGUGAGUUUAUUCCGCAUGCUUUGCAAGAAAUUGGUCGAGCACAAGUAUUUUGAUUGGAGCAUCAUGCUCUUCAUCUUGAUAGGCUGUAUCACCAAUGCUUUUGAGAGACCUGCAAUAUUGGCCGAUAGCACAGAGCGACAGGUUCUGGACAUAUUCAGCGAUGUCCUGGUAGCAAUUUUCUCAGUGGAGAUGGUGAUGAAGGUUACGGCCAAAGGUUUUGUCUAUGGAGAAGAUAACUACUGCAAGAGCUUCUGGAAUAUCCUGGAUGGUUUUUUAGUCAUUUCAUCUUUGGGGAAUCUAUUGUUCAAGGCUGGGGAAUCUGGAGAGUCGCGGAUGUUUAGUUUGAUAAAGGUUUUACGUCUGCUACGUGCCCUCCGCCCUCUCAGGUACAUUUUGCUUGACUGUUUAUUCUGUUUUGUGUUGUCUCAGAUCUGUUACGAUUUAACUGCCUUUUUGUUGGUUCUGAUACAUCUGGCUUGUUUUGUUCGUUCCAGGGUGAUCAAGAGAGUGCCAAAACUGAAGCUGGCUGUGGAGGCUCUUGUUUCCUCUGUGAAACCCAUGGCAAAUAUCAUUCUCAUUAGCUGUGUCUUCCUCUUUUUUUUUGGCAUUGUUGGAGUUCAGCUAUUCAAAGGACAGUUCUCCUAUUGCGUUGGUGAGGACACAAGCAUGAUUGUCAACAAGUCUGACUGCUUAGCGGCCAACUAUCAGUGGGUGCAGAACACAUUCAAUUUUGACAACCUACCACAGGCACUGCUUACCCUUUUUGUAAUGUACUCUAAAGAUGGAUGGUUAAUCGUUAUGUAUGAUGGUUUGGAUGCAGUUGAUGUUGACCAGCAGCCCCAGAAGAACUACAAUCAGUGGCUGUUGACGUAUUUCAUCCUGUUCAUGGUCAUGAGCUUGUUUCUUCUGGACAUGUUCAUCGGUGUGAUGGUGGAGACCUUCCACCAGUGUCAUCGGGCACAGAAACAAGAGGACCAUGGACAACAGCACGAUAGCACUCCUUCCACUCAAAAUGCGGUGGCACCAAUUGAAGAGAAGUCUGCCCCCACACACUGCUACAUAGUUAAACUGAGCACCAGCAGGGUUUGGGACAAUGUAGUAACCAUCAUAGUAUCCUGCAAUAUGUUGGUAAUGACUUUUGAGCAUCAUGGCCAGCCAAAGCUGGAAUAUGCUGGACAUGGAUAUUUUAAUAGUUUCCAUCAUCAGCGCAGUUUUCACCCUGUUGAACACGGCACGCAAAGUGACCUUCAGUCUCAAGGCACUGAGAGUCUGUCACAUCCUCAGACUUGCAAAAGUCGUCAUUGUGGGUUUGCACAUAACACUACUCCUAGUGACAACUGCUGCUUCCCCUCAGUGCUGAAGGACGAGAAGAUUAAAGUUCUGAUAAGAACAAUCACCAAAACUCUCUCUCAGGUUGGACAUAUUUGCCUUCUUUUUUUCUUUCUGUUUUUCAUUUUUGCUGUCCUUGGGGUGGAACUUUUUGGCAAGUUAGCUUGCACUCCUGAGUACCCGUGCUUUGGGAUAAACCGGUACACCCAUUUCAAAAAUUUCCCCAUGGCUCUGCUCACCCUGUACGCAGUGUGCACCGGGGACAACUGGAAUGGAAUCUUGAAAGACACCCUGAGGGAGUGCCGACCCGAUGACGACGACUGCUCCAGUUACUUACGCUGGGCCUCACCAUUGUACUUUAUAACCUUUGUUAUCGUGGCCCAGUUUGUGCUAGCGAACCUCGUGGUGGCUGCCAUUGUGCAAGCUCUCGAGGACAGCACA